AUGUCUAAAAUAUUUCGCAUUACUUUUUUUUUAUUUUUUAUAAAUUUGUGCAUAUAUGAGAGCAAUGGAAAAAUGCCCAGAGAAGUUGAUAACACAAAAAAUAUAGGUAACAUGAAACGUAGUUUACCUCAUAAUUUUUAUGUAAAAAACAUUUCUUUACAAGAUGAAGAAGAAAAGAGAACUUUACAGGUAGAUCCACCAUCACAAGAAGAAGCAAGAUCGGUACAAACUCCACAAAGUGAACUUAAUCCCGAUCAAAAGGAAGCGCGAACAGAGAAUGGUCAAGCAGGUCUAGAAGCUCUACCAAGUGAAGGUCAAAAUUUACAAGGUAGAACUCUUAGCACUAAUGCAGCUGUAAAUGGGAUUAUAAAUGAACCUAAUGUAGAUACUCAAGAAGAACAUCAUGGUUCAACACAGAACUUAAAAGAUAAGGAACAGCAACCCGAUGCAGAAAAUUCGCGCAGUAUCGGAAAUAUUGUAGGAGCACAGGACACACAGGAACUAUCACAAGAGAAAGAAAGUAACACUACAAUAUCUAGAGGAGAACAUUCAGAAAAGGAAAUAACAAAAGAAACUGCAACAGGAAAAACAAGUAACGGGCAUACAGAAACAGCAGAAAUUUCAGCAGGAAAAGCUCUAAAACCUUCUGUCCAACCGAAUGCAUUACCAGCAGAUAAAGCAGAAAGAUCGUUAGAAACUGCAACAGGACUCAACAAAGAUCAACCUGCAUCACCAUCUGGAGAAGAACCAUUAAUAAAACCAGAGGUAGGCACAACAUUAAAUUCUAAAUCGCCAGAAGAAGAUAGGGGGGAGAAAGAAAAAGGACCAGAACCGCAUCGAGCAUCAGAAUCUGAACAACUUCCUGCAGAGAAAUCAACAGAUCAAAAAUUGUCCGUAUCAGAAGGAGACUUACCAUCGACGUUAGAUGUAAAGGCACCUUCAGGACCACAAAACGAAGAUCUAUCAACGCAAGAACCUCAAUCAGUAGACAAUGAACAAGGUAAGGAAGAAGAUGAGGAAGAGAGAAAAGGAGUGGAAGAACACCAAGAAGAAAGUCCAUCGUCAUUAUCAGAAAAAGUAGAUAAUCAGAAUAUACUUGAACCAGUAAAUUUACCCCAGGGGAAAACCCAUAACACUGUAGAUGAAGAUGAAAAGGUCAUAGAGGAAAAUGAAGAAAAACAAAAGGAAGAAGACGAAGAGGAUAUAAUUAAAGCGGAAGAAGUGCAAAAUAUAGUAAAAGAAAUACUACAAGAGGGGGAAGAAGAAGGGAAGGAGGAGGGGGAAGAGGAAGAAGAAGACGAGGAACAAGCAGGAGAAUAUAAUUCGCACGGAAAACAGGACAAAACUGAAGGUGUAAAUAAUGAACUACUAAAAGAAAAAGAAGAAAGUACUCCUCCACCUAACGAUACUACUCUUUACAAAUAUUUCUCCAUGGAAUAUGAAGAUGACAAUGAAUCUAAAAAAUUUGCCGAUGAGUUAAUAAAUACAUUGGUUACAUCAGUCGGAGGUGAUACUUCAACAGUUAAUACCCUCAAAGAUCUAGAAAAAGACAUGCGCCAAUUUUUUCUAAACAUAUAA